UCUUUGUAAUUAAGCCGGCCUUCCUUUAAACGGGUCAAUAAUAUGUAAACCUGACCCGUAUCCACAAGAAGAAAGAUUCAACAGCUAGGGUUUUGGCUCACGGCUAAACCCUACUCCCGGAUUUCAGUAUCAAGAAGGCCUUCAAUCCACUCAAGCAAAAGAUGGGGAAGGGAAGCUACAAGAAGCUAAAGGGUAGCCAAAACUUCCGUCAAAGACUGAUAUUAGCGACGCUCUCCGCCACACCUAUCAUUAUCAAGGGCAUUCGAGCCAAUGACAUGCUUCCUGGCCUCCGCCUCCAUGAAGUUUCUCUUCUUCGCCUCCUCGAGAAGAUUUCUGAUGACUGUGUUGUCAAAAUCAAUGAAACAGGAACAAUGGUCCAGUACAAGCCUGGGAUUUUGAUGGGUGGGAGACAUCUUGUGCACGAUUGUGGUGAAAGUCGAGCUAUUGGGUAUUUCUUGGAGCCAUUACUUGUUCUUGGGUUGUUUUCGAAAAAGGCCCUUUCGAUAAGACUCAAAGGAAUUACAAAUGAUUCUAAUGACCCAUGUGUUGACACUUUUCGUUCCACUACCUUACCAUUAUUGAAGCAAUUUGGAGUUCCAUCAGAAGGAUUGGAGCUGAAAAUAGAAAGUCGUGGUGCUCCACCACAUGGUGGCGGAGAAGUUCUUUUAUCAAUUCCCAAUAUUCAAAGUUUAACGCAGGCAGUCACAUGGAUUGAUGAGGGAAUGGUUAGGAGGAUUAGAGGGGUGACUUUCUCAACCAGAGUAUCUUCUCAGUUUGAGAAUACUAUGAUACAUGCUGCUCGAGGAAUCUUUAAUCAUUUGCUUCCUGAUGUCCACAUAUUUACUGAUCAUAAAGCUGGUCCACAAGCUGGAAAUUCACCUGGUUAUGGAAUAUCCUUGGUUGCGGAAACUACUUCCGGUUGCUUCAUCUCUGCUAAUACUGCAGUUUCUUAUGCACGAACGGAAGAUGGUGGAAUGGAAGAUGAGAAAGGAGAGCUGAUGCCUCCAGAAGAUGUUGGUGAGCAAAUUGCUUCUGUUCUCCUUCAGGAGAUUGAACAGGGUGGAGUUGUAGAUACAACACACCAGGGUUUGUUGUUUCUUCUGUGUGCAUUAUGUCCACAAGAUGUUUCAAAGAUUCGCGUAGGGAAGCUUAUACCCCAUGGAAUAGAAGUACUAAGGCUCAUCAGAGAUUUUUUGGGUGUUAAAUUCGUCAUUAAGCCAGAUCCAUCCACAGGGACAGUCAUACUCAAAUGUGUGGGAAGUGGAUUGAAGAAUCUUUCUAGAAAGAGUUCUUGAUUGCUAAAUGCAUCACUUGAGAUCUCUUUCGAUGAUUGUGCUUUUUGUGGAUUCGAAGGUUUUAUAGCAAAGGUCCACUGGAAGAGGGUUAUGAUACUGCAAUUUCGUAUGGUCUUGUCGGCUUGAAUUUUUCAUUUAUAUCAUACUAUUACAUGCAAUCUACGAGAGAGGGGAGGGAUAAGUUUUGGUUCAAUCUUGUAUUUUAUAUCCGACUCCAAGCAGAUUCAUGAUCAAAUGUAAAAUGGGUUCUUUGGCAAGCGAA